AUGGAUUUGGCGGGGGCUUCCUCUUUUAUCCUUCAAGGAUUUCCUAGACUAAGAAUCAUUCAUAUAGAUUCUGGAAACGCAAGUAAUUCUUGUUGGAUCAAAGAAUCCACAUCUAAAAUUUCAGCUUUGGAAUGGCCGGAAUUUUUUGGAGGAAAUGAAGAUCAAGCAAUACUUAGCGAAGGGUUUGUUACUAGAAGGGUUGUUGGAACAUAUGGCUAUAUGUCGCCUGAAUAUGCAAUGGGAGGACGAUUUUCAGAGAAAUCGGACAUGUUUAGCUUCGGAGUACUGUUGUUAGAGAUUGCAUGGAAAUUGUGGAAUGAAGGCAACAAUGCGGCUCUAGUUGAUCCAGUAGUGUCCGAUCCGUGCUAUCAAGCUGAAAUUUCGAGAUGCAUACAUGUAGGUCUAUUGUGUGUGCAAGAAUUUGCAAAAGACAGGCCAACUGUAUCAACUGUUAUAUCAAUGCUGAACAGUGAAAUCGUGGAUCUUCCUAUACCAAAGCAACCAGCAUUUACUGAAAGGCAAGUUGCCUUAGAUUCUGCAGGUUCCUCUCAACAGAGCCUGAAAAAUUGUUCUGUUAACCUCGUGUUCUGUUAACCUCGUUACUCUAACUGUUGUUGACGCCCGGUAGAUAACUAGAAUGUAUUUCUUCCUCUUAUAUGUAAAGCUAAUUGUGACAUUGUGAAAUAGAAGAUACUAUCAGAUUUUAUUGAAACAUGAUAUGGAAAUUAGGGUUUUUCAUCCCUGUUAAUUCUAUGAUGAAGCCCAUGAGUCGAUGGUCUGUAAUUCCAACACCUUCAAAAUAGGAUUUUUCCUCCCUGUUAAUUA